CUUCCAUCCCACCCACAGCGAUUUGCUCUGUAUCAAACCCUUUCCCUUGUUCCCCUCCUUCUGAGCUUCUUUCGCUUCACACCAUCCUGCAUUUAGCCGUCCCUAGGGCUUGUCCAAGGGCUCCUCUUGAUUCCAAUCCCCUCUGUCCCCACCAGCCUGUGAUGAUGCCUGGAGAUGAAUCUUCUCAGAGUUCAGAGGAAAGUGGCGUGUGCAUUACAGAAGCCCUAAUCAUUAGGCGCAAUUUGUCCUUCCCUGAGGAUGAGGAUCUGUCAGAGAAGAUAUUCCAAAGCCUGGCUGAUCUGCAGACUGUUCGCCUAGACCGGGAGGGGAUUACCACUAUCACGAACCUGGAGAGCCUCCAGAAUCUUCACAGCCUCUAUCUGCAAGGGAAUAAGAUCCAGCGAAUUGAGAACCUUGGCUGCAUCCCUUCUUUGCGCUUCCUGUCUCUGUCAGGAAACCUCAUCAAGCAGGUGGAAAACCUCCGUGACCUCCCACACCUCCAGUUUUUGGAUCUUUCUGAGAAUCAGAUAGAUACACUGCAGUUAGAUGAGUUCCCGCAGAGUCUGCUCAUCCUCAACCUGAUAGGAAAUGGCUGCACCAACCAGGAUGGUUACAGGAAGCAGCUGGUUCGAGCCCUGCCGCUGCUCCUGGACCUGGAUGGUCAGCGGAUCAUGGAGCGCUGGGUCUCGGAUGAUGAGGACGGAAACUCAGAGGAGGAGGAUGGCAACAAAGACGACCAGGAGUUUCCGGAGCUGAUUGGCCCCUUCUGCACUGAGCGAGGCUUCUUCAGGGAGCUGGAGCAGGAGCUGGCCAAGCAUCGGGAGCGCAGGGAGCGGGAGGCCCUGAUGGAGCACCAGCUGCGGAUGGACACUCAGCCAGUCCUCACCAACCUCCCUCCACUGCUCCCCGGGCCCCCAGCUGACCAAGACAACGCUGCUGUCGCUCCAGACAGAGGGCAGGAGACGAUGGCCCCAGAGCCUUCCUCUGUGUCCCCAGCCACCUCCAGCCGGAGGCGCAGCAGCCAGCGACCCCGGAACCAGCCCAGCUCUGAGCAGGCCAGGAAGGGGGGAUCCCGAGCAGCUUCAGGCCCCAAGGCCUUUCCAGCGGGGCGUCUUCUCCAGCCUCAGUAA